AGGGCUGGGCUGGCUUCAGUCAAUGGAAUGAGCCCAAUACACUUGGAUAAUUUUUUUUUUUGAAAAUAAUACACUUAGAUAAUUGGCGACUUGUUGUAUUACUUGUAUACGAGGGAAAGUAACUAAAUCUCUUGACGCAAAAAUCUCUUGACGCAAAAUGGAAGCAAAUAUUAAUCCCCCAUUCAAGAUAAUUCUGGGUUCUGCUUCUGUCCCACGCCGAGAAGUUUUAACCGACAUGGGAUAUGAAUUCACCACCAUGAGUGCAGACAUAGAUGAGAAAGCUAUUCGGAAAGAGAAUCCUGAAGAUUUAGUUAUUGCUCUUGCUGAGGCAAAGGCCGAUGCCAUCAUAUCAAGACUCCCCAUUAGUAAAUACAAGGAAGAUGCAGACCCAACGCUUCUGAUUACAUGUGACCAAGUGGUGGUCUAUGAGGGUAUGAUCAGGGAGAAACCAACCAGCAAACAAGAAGCCCGACGCUUCAUUGAAGAUUACUCAAAUGGAAGUGCAGCAACUGUAAGUUCUGUUCUGGUUACAAACUUGAAAACCGGGGCUAAAAGUGCAAAGUGGGACAAAGUAGAGAUUUAUUUCCAUGAAAUACCAGAAGAUGUCAUGGAUAAGCUGAUUGAGGAAGGGGAACUGCUUUAUGUAGCCGGUGGCCUGCUGAUUGAACAUCCCUUACUCCGGCCUUAUGUACAUCAAGUGGCGGGAGCAAUUGAUAGUGUCAUGGGGCUUCCUAAAGCACUAGCACAAAGUCUGAUGAAAGAAGUUAUGUAGAAACAUUAACAGAUAGUUUCCAUAAUGUUGUAUUUGAUUAUCAGUGGCAUAUGAUUAAUUAAAUCUAUAAUGCUUUCCUAAUUUGAUAUUUUCACUAAUGUAGAAUAUUUUCCUAAUUAUGGAAAUUCAAUCUAAAUAGAUAAAAAAUAGUUGACUUGGCAC